CUACAGAGAAUCAAAGGUGCCAUUGACCGGACCAUCGCCGAGGAACAAGCCCGCCAGCAGAGGGCGCUUGAAGUUGGCUCCUCCGUCAACAGAUCCGCCUCGACCUCGUCGCGAAGAAACGAGAGCGUCUCAGGCAGGCGAUCUCGGCCUAAGAACCCGGGCUCCGAUGCUGGCGACUCCGCGCCAAACCCCGACCCUGCCGUAUUCGAAGCCGCCUUCGUGAUCGACGACAGCGAGGAGCCGAGCCGAGCCGGAACACCCAAGCCGGUGCCUCCUGAAAAGGAUGCGCCUGCCGGAGAGCCAGUCGGUAAUGCAGAGGCUGGAGGGGAUUCAGGCCCCUCGAACCCCAAUGUCGACGGCAAAGAUGCGUCGUCACACGAUGGCGCUGCGAAUGCGCCCAAGCCGGCGCUGACUCCGGAGCUGCGGCAAAAGCUGCGCAAGCUGGAGAAGCUCGAGGCUACAUAUCCCGAGCUCCUGCGCUCCUACCGUGUUGCACAUCGACGUGCUACUGCCAUCGAGCCGUUUGAGAAGGCACUUCGCGAAAACACACCGUUAGCCUCAAUUGGCGAUCCAGAGGCUCUGGUUGAAUACCUCAACCAGCUGAAGCUGAAAGGCGACAUGGUCAUGGACGAGCUGAAGCGAGUGUCUGCCGACAAGGACGAGUUGAAGAAGAAGAACGACGAGAACGAAGAAAAGAUCAAGAAGCUGCAAGGCGAACUCGAUGCCCUGAAGGCAGAAAAAUCCUCGGAAACAAAGAAGCCCGAGGCAAAUGGCACUGCAACAGAUAAAGCAGGAAAAGAUGGCGAGGAUUUCUUUUCCUACGAUGAAGAGAUUCCUCAGCUCCAGGCCGAGCUUGCUGCCAAGACGGAAGAAAUCGACUCACUCAAGGCUGAAGUGGACAGUCUCCAGAAAGAGAUCUCUACCCUUAAGCAGGAUAGCGCAGGCCUGGUAGAGAAGUUGGAAACCUCAGCCUUGGAAUUGAGUGAGAACCGCGAAGCAUCUGCGUCACAGGACUCUCUGCAGGCCCAGUUGGAGGCUCGAAAGGCGGAAAUCGAGAGCUUGACAGAGAGGCUGGCCAAGGCGGAGAAGCAGCACAAGGAGCGCGAGAGCCAACUGGAGUCAGAGAAGAAUCAGGCAGCGGCCAAGGCGCAGGAGGUGGAGGAUUUGCUUGCUAAAUCUACCAAGCAGGCCAGCGAUGCGGCUGCAGAGCUCGCCAGGGCCAUGGCCGCCCGGACGGUGUCCAAGAACCUGAUUGACGAGCUCAAUUCCCAACUCGAUAAGCUGAAGAAGGACAAGUCUGAGAUGCAGAGCAAGCUUGAUGAAGCAGUGAAGAAGCUGGAUGAAGCGGCCAAACAGCCUGUUGCUCCUGCUCCUGCUCCUGUCCAACCCCCAUCAACCCUCGCACCACCUACGACCGGUGGCGGAGGAAACAAGAGGAACAAGAAGAAGAAGGGUCGCGGCGGUGGUGCUAUUAGUCCUGUCCCCCCAGCUACCCCUACUUCUCCUAUUGCCGCCUCCAUUGCCUCAAAUGCUCCUGAUGGUGGCCAGGCGCCAGAUACCUCAGCCCUGGAAGCAGAAAUUACCAAGUUGAAGGAGGAAAUCGAUACUAAGGAUAAGGAGAUUGAGCGUUUGUCGAAGAGGAGAAAGACGGAAGAGGAUCUCCGCGAGGAGAUUGAGACGCUGCAAGAGAACCUCUUGAACAUUGGCCAAGAUCACGUCGAGGACAAGGCCCGUAUCAAGGAGCUGGUUGGGGAGAAGGCAGAGCUGGAGGCGCAAAUCUCCGCCUUGGAGGAGAAGAUGUCCUCGCUCUCUACCAACACCGAGGCCAACUCCAAGUUGCAGGAGGAGAUGCAGGCUCUCCAGAAAGAUUACCAAGAACUGAAGGAUAAGUCGGCUACACUGCAGUCUGACCUCGGCGCCGCACAGCAGCUGGCGCAGAGCCGCUUCAGAGAUUUGACUGAGCUGCGCGAGGUUCUGCAAAAAGCCCAGCCAGAGCUCAAGCGAUUGCGCAAAGACUCUGAGGAUCUCAAGGCUCUCAGGGAGGAGCUGGCUGCCAAGAACAAGGAGCUCGCCAACCUGGAGAAGAAGGAGAAGGAGCUUGAGCGAGACCUGGCGAGCGCUAGACAGGAGAUUGACAUGCGCAACUCGGAGAUUGGGACUCUCAAGAGCAAAUUGGCCGCCGAGGCGGAAGACAAGGCCAAGCUGGAGGAAGCCCAGCGUGUCGCGGGCCGGGACCUUAGGCGAGCCACGGCCGAGAAGAUUGAGCUGAGCGCAAAGGCGGAGAAGAUGGAGCGAGAGCUGCAAAAGGUCCAGGAGGAGCUCUCCCGAGUAUCGCCGCGCGUGGGCGAGCUCGAGGAGCAGAUGCACAAGCUGAGGCGCGAAAAGGCCGCGGCCCAAGAAGAAGCCGAGUUCAAGGCCAAGCAGUACACGACCGCCCAGGGCCUGUUGAGCAGCAUGCGAGACCAGGCAUCCGAGAUGACGGUGCAGCUCAAGGAGGCGCAGUCCCAGGCGAGGUCGCUGGAGGAGGAGCUCGGCGAGGUGCAGCAUCUGCUACAGGAACGCACGCGCGAGGGCGAGACGAUGCGGCGGCUGCUCGCAGACGCAGAGCAGCAGGCAGAAUCUAAGCUCCGCGAGAUGCGGAACCGCGUCGAGACCGUCACUGCCGAGCGAGAACGACUGGAAGACGAGACCAGCGCCGUGGUGAGGAAGAAUGUCAAGCUGACGGGAGAGCUCAAGUCUCGGGUCCGCGAGCUGGAGGGAGAGGUCAAGGAGCUGCGCGAAGAGCGUGACGAGCUGGAAGGGCGAGAACGAAGCUGGCGGCGUCGGCGAGAGGAGCUCGAGGCCCUCGAGCUGCGGAUGGAGACGGAGACGACCGAGAUGCGCAACACCAUCUCAUCGCUGAGAGCUGCGCUGGAUGCCUCGGAGCUGCAGGUUCGAGACGGCGAGAAGGUCAAGGAAAACCUGCGCAAGGACUACGAGUCGCUGCAGCUGAUGUACGACAAGAUCUCCAAGGAGCUCAAGGCGGCGCAGGCCAAGGCUGCGGCAGCAUCGGUGGGACAGUCGGGAUCCUCAUCGGGCGUGUCGACGUCUCGGACGUCGGUGGAUUCGAACCGUACCACAGGAGCGGGAGAGCUGUCUGACAUGCUGUAUCUCAAGACGAUUCUGCUACAGUUCUUGGAGCAAAAGGACAGCCGUCUGAGAGCUCAGCUGGUGCCUGUGCUGGGCAAAAUUCUCAAGUUUGACAAGUCCGACGAGAAGAAGUGGAUGACUGCGGUGCAGCAUAUCGAGGUGCGGUAA